AUGACACUGGAAAUGUGUAGCCCCCCCAGGGAUGGCAGCGCCCGCAGAUACCCUGCCAGGGAUGAUGACCCAAGAACAUCAGCACUCACAGGGGCCCUCCCAGGGACAGCAGCGCUCUCAGGGGUCCUGACAGGGACGGCAACGCCCCCAGGGGCUCUCCUAGGGAUAUUAGCGCUCCCAGGGUCCCUCUCAGGGUCAUUGGCGCCCCCAGGGGCACUGCCAAGGUCCGUACCAAAGGUCUCCAGGGGCCCUCCCAGGGAUGGUGGUGCCCUCAGGGGCCCUAGCAGGGAUGCUGGCUCCCCCAAGGGCCCUCCCAGGGGUGCUCGCGCCCUCAGAGGUUCUCUCAGGGACAUCUGCAAUCACAGAGGCCCUCCCAGGGACAGCAGUGCUCCCAGGGUCCCUCGCAGGGGUGGUGGUGCUCCCAUGGGCUCUCCCAGGGACAGCAGCGCUCCCAGGGUCCCACUCAGGGGCGGUGGCGCCCCCAGGGGCAAUGCCAAAGACAGCAGAGUUCCUGGGGGCCCUCUCAGGGUUGUCGCCGAUCCCAGGGAUCGGAAUGGCAGCGCUCCCACGGGACGUGAUAGGGGCUGUGACAUCCCCAGUGGCUCUCCCAGGGACAUUGGCGCUUUCAGUAGCCCCCCCAGGGAUGGCAGCGCCCGCAGAUACCCUGCCAGGGAUGAUGACCCAAGAACAUCAGCACUCACAGGGGCCCUCCCAGGGACAGCAGCGCUCUCAGGGGUCCUGACAGGGACGGCAACGCCCCCAGGGGCUCUCCUAGGGAUAUUAGCGCUCCCAGGGUCCCUCUCAGGGUCAUUGGCGCCCCCAGGGGCACUGCCAAGGUCCGUACCAAAGGUCUCCAGGGGCCCUCCCAGGGAUGGUGGUGCCCUCAGGGGCCCUAGCAGGGAUGCUGGCUCCCCCAAGGGCCCUCCCAGGGGUGCUCGCGCCCUCAGAGGUUCUCUCAGGGACAUCUGCAAUCACAGAGGCCCUCCCAGGGACAGCAGUGCUCCCAGGGUCCCUCGCAGGGGUGGUGGUGCUCCCAUGGGCUCUCCCAGGGACAGCAGCGCUCCCAGGGUCCCACUCAGGGGCGGUGGCGCCCCCAGGGGCAAUGCCAAAGACAGCAGAGUUCCUGGGGGCCCUCUCAGGGUUGUCGCCGAUCCCAGGGAUCGGAAUGGCAGCGCUCCCACGGGACGUGAUAGGGGCUGUGACAUCCCCAGUGGCUCUCCCAGGGACAUUGGCGCUUUCAGUAGCCCCCCCAGGGAUGGCAGCGCCCGCAGAUACCCUGCCAGGGAUGAUGACCCAAGAACAUCAGCACUCACAGGGGCCCUCCCAGGGACAGCAGCGCUCUCAGGGGUCCUGACAGGGACGGCAACGCCCCCAGGGGCUCUCCUAGGGAUAUUAGCGCUCCCAGGGUCCCUCUCAGGGUCAUUGGCGCCCCCAGGGGCACUGCCAAGGUCCGUACCAAAGGUCUCCAGGGGCCCUCCCAGGGAUGGUGGUGCCCUCAGGGGCCCUAGCAGGGAUGCUGGCUCCCCCAAGGGCCCUCCCAGGGGUGCUCGCGCCCUCAGAGGUUCUCUCAGGGACAUCUGCAAUCACAGAGGCCCUCCCAGGGACAGCAGUGCUCCCAGGGUCCCUCGCAGGUGGGGGCUCUCCCAGGGACAGCAGCGCUCCCAGGGUCCCACAGGGGCGGUGGCCUGGGGGGCCCGGACAACGGUGCUCCCACGGUCCCUCUCAGGGGCGGUGGUACUCCCAUGGGCUCUCCCAGGGACAGUGGCGCUCCCAGGGUUCCUCUCAGGGGCAUUGGCGCCCCCAGGGGCAGUGCCAAGGACUGUACCAAGUAGCCCCCCCAGGGAUGGCAGCGCCCGCAGAUACCCUGCCAGGGAUGAUGACCCAAGAACAUCAGCACUCACAGGGGCCCUCCCAGGGACAGCAGCGCUCUCAGGGGUCCUGACAGGGACGGCAACGCCCCCAGGGGCUCUCCUAGGGAUAUUAGCGCUCCCAGGGUCCCUCUCAGGGUCAUUGGCGCCCCCAGGGGCACUGCCAAGGUCCGUACCAAAGGUCUCCAGGGGCCCUCCCAGGGAUGGUGGUGCCCUCAGGGGCCCUAGCAGGGAUGCUGGCUCCCCCAAGGGCCCUCCCAGGGGUGCUCGCGCCCUCAGAGGUUCUCUCAGGGACAUCUGCAAUCACAGAGGCCCUCCCAGGGACAGCAGUGCUCCCAGGGUCCCUCGCAGGGGUGGUGGUGCUCCCAUGGGCUCUCCCAGGGACAGCAGCGCUCCCAGGGUCCCACUCAGGGGCGGUGGCGCCCCCAGGGGCAAUGCCAAAGACAGCAGAGUUCCUGGGGGCCCUCUCAGGGUUGUCGCCGAUCCCAGGGAUCGUACCAAGUGUCUCAGGGGCUCUAUGGGACAGCCGAGCGUCCCAGUAGCCCAUACAGGGACCGCUGCACCACAAAGGGCCCUCCCAGAAUCGGCACCGCUCCCAGGGGCCCAGCCAGGGGCACCUGUGCCCUCAGAGGGCAUUGGCGUCCUCAGGGGCCAUUCCAAGGGUAGAGACGCCUCGAGGGGCUCUCCCAGGGGCAGUGGCAAUCCCAGGGACCAUCCAAAGGAUGCCAGCGCCCUCAGGGUCCCUCCCAGGGAUGGCAGCGACCCCAGUGGCUCUCCCAGGUGCCCUUCCAGAGGUGCUGGCGCCUACAGAGGCCCUGCGAGGGAUGCUGGCUCCCUCAAGGGCCCUGCCAUGGGCGCUGGCGCCCACAGUGGCUCUCCCAAGGAUAUCAGCACUCACAAGGACCUUCUCAGGGACAGCAAUGCUCCAAUGGGCCCUACAAGGGAUGGCGGCAGUCCCAGGAUCUCUCUCAGGGACGGUGGUGCCAUCAGAGGUAGUGCCAGGGACCGUACCAAGGGUCCCCAGGGGCCCUAUGGCAUACUUGGCGGUGCUCCCAAAGGCCCUACCAGGAUUGCUGGAGCCCUCCCAGGGACGGGGGCGACCCCAUUGGCUCUCCCAGGAACAGCGACCAUCCUAGGGGGCCUCCCAGGGAUGGCGGCGCCCUCAGGGGCUCUGCCAGGUUUGGUGGCACCCCCACGGGGUAUCCCAGGGACAGUGGAGCGCCCAGGGGCCCUUACAGGGACUGCUGCACCGCAAAGUGCCCUCCCAGAAAUGCCAGCGCUCCCAGGGUAG